GGUUGUUUUGACACUCAUCACCCCCACUCUGUUCUGUUCUUCCUCUGCGCUUUUCUCAACCGCUGUUAUUCAAUUUCAAUCACUCAUUCAUAAUUCUCCAGACAAAGAUUGUGAAAAGGGCUUCAAAAUUUGAUUUUGAUGUUGUUGAUUUUUGUAAGUGAUUUAUGCUAUUGUGUGAGUUCUUAAAUUAAAACAAACUUGAAGCUUUUGCAUGGAGUGAUGGAGGUGUUGUUGAAGUUAUUUGGUGGAACUCUGAAUAUAACUACAAAAUGCAUGGUUUUGCUUGUUACUGUUUUGAUCCUUAGAGUACUUCUUUUCCCUGGCUUUGGUGGAAAUGAAUGGAGAAAUUUCGUCUUUAACGACAACCUAACUUCUCCAUCAAUGAGUUCUUAUGAAUUUGAAAUUAGGCAAUUUAAGUUUUUGGUAGUUCCUCAGCUUGUUUGGGGAUUAAACAAUCAGAAAAUCGCGUUCGCAAGGUCUUGUCUUACUGCUAGAAUGUUGAAUAGAACCCUUUUGAUGCCUAGCUUUAGUGCCUCCCUAUUCUACAAAGAAAUCGAUCAAUUGCAACCGAUUUUGUUUGAGAAAGUAUUCCAAUUUGAAAAGUUUAAUGCACUUUGUAGUGGUUUUGUUCAGUUAGGCCGGUAUAACAAUGUCUUGAAUAGAACCCGAGUGCUUGAAAUGACGAAAGGGAGUGGAAGGAAGUGGACAUUGGAGAGAGAUUUAUCACAAUUGAAGGAGUAUAGUAAAGGCUCUUAUGAUGAUUACGAGGUAAUUGAAAUUAUAGGGAAAAACCCUUUCUUAUGGCAUGAUCAUUGGCCUUUGAAAAACUAUGGAAAGGUUUUUGAGUGCUUGCUUUUGAUCGAUGAAAUUCGUAACGAAGCGGAAAGGGUUGUGUCAAGGAUUAGGGAAGUUGGAAACACUCAACCAAUAGAACUGCAAAAAGAUAGGUCUUCCUCUCAGCCUCUUCCAUAUGUUGCUGUUCAUAUGAGGAUAGAAAUUGAUUGGAUGAUUCAUUGCAAAAAGUUAGAGCAGAGAUUGAACACAAAUCAGAUAUGCAGUAGCAAGAAAGAGAUAGUGGAAAGAGUUAGAAACAGUAUAAUUGGUUUGAAAAAAACACCGAUUGCCGUUUAUCUUGCAGUAGCCGAUAAACUCCUUAACAAUUCUUCCAUAAUGGAAGACUGGGGAGAAGGGUUUCUUCCUUUCGAGAAAAAGAAACUCGGCGUUGAAGGAAUUUAUAGCAAGUAUCCAUAUCUAAUUCAGUCUGCAAUUGACUAUGAAGUUUGUUUACAAGCCGAUAUCUUUGUUGGAAACAGUUUCUCCACAUUUUCAAGUCUUAUAGUUCUUGAAAGAACACAGAAGAUGAUCGGAAUGAGUGUCGCGAGCAUGUGCGAAGCUGAUGUAAGAUGGCCUUCUUAUGCAUACAAUAUACAAGGUGAAUCAAAUGGUGCAAUGAGAUGGAUUACAAAUAUGUCUGAAUCAAGUCUUCAAACAAUAAGCUAUGGCACCAAUCAUAUCUAUGAUUGCAAGGGUCAUAUUUAAUUUUCUGCUUCUGACAUAAAAUUUUGAGUAGUUUAGUUUAACGGCCUGAUUAUUUUGUCUACACAUUUUUCACUUCCAGAGUUUGAUUAGCACACUUCAUAGAUGGUAAAGUAAAGCAUAUCUACAAUCAAUGAA